CCUGGUGUCUGCUGGCAGAAUCGAACUGGCCAACACUGUACAACAUCAGUUUGAAGAUGGCGGAGGGUGAAUUGAACGUGGACAGCCUCAUCUCUCGGCUCCUGGAAGUGCGGGGAUGCCGCCCGGGGAAGAUAGUCCAGAUGUCCGAGGCAGAGGUGCGGGGCCUCUGCAUCAAAUCAAGGGAGAUCUUCCUCAGCCAGCCCAUCCUGCUGGAGCUUGAGGCGCCUCUUAAGAUCUGUGGUGAUAUUCAUGGGCAGUACACAGAUCUACUGAGGCUGUUUGAGUAUGGUGGCUUUCCUCCAGAGGCGAACUACCUUUUCCUGGGCGACUACGUGGACAGAGGUAAACAGUCCCUGGAAACCAUCUGCCUUCUGUUGGCCUACAAGAUCAAAUACCCAGAGAACUUUUUCCUGCUCAGGGGCAACCACGAGUGCGCUUCCAUCAACCGCAUCUACGGCUUCUACGAUGAGUGCAAGCGCAGGUUCAACAUUAAGUUGUGGAAGACCUUCACUGACUGCUUUAACUGCCUCCCCAUUGCUGCUAUUAUCGAUGAAAAGAUCUUCUGCUGCCACGGAGGGCUAUCGCCUGAUUUGCAGUCAAUGGAGCAGAUCCGCAGGAUCAUGAGGCCAACAGAUGUGCCUGAUACAGGCCUGCUGUGUGACCUCUUGUGGUCUGACCCAGAUAAGGAUGUACAAGGCUGGGGAGAGAAUGACCGCGGGGUCUCCUUCACCUUCGGGGCCGACGUGGUCAGCAAGUUUCUCAACCGUCAUGACCUGGACCUCAUCUGCAGAGCCCAUCAGGUUGUGGAGGAUGGAUAUGAAUUCUUUGCCAAACGCCAACUGGUCACACUUUUCUCUGCUCCAAACUACUGCGGGGAGUUUGAUAAUGCAGGCGGCAUGAUGAGUGUCGAUGAAUCCCUCAUGUGCUCCUUCCAGAUCUUAAAGCCCUCAGAGAAGAAGGCCAAGUACCAGUAUGGUGGUGUAAAUUCUGGUCGGCCCGUCACCCCACCCCGCACUACUCAAGCCCCCAAGAAGAGGUGAACAUACAGCCUUGGCUUUCCCCCCUUCCUUUUCACCCUGUCCGUCCCUGGUCUGCCAUCAAGGCAACCUCUGUAACUCCCCUGUAUGGUGAAGAUACAGGGCUUAUCUAAUUGCCCAAAUCUUUCUCCUCUUUCUUUCCCACUGACCAACCCCCUCCCCAACUCCACUGACAGCUCUUUUCUUAAUGUGUAUGUGUACAUAAAUUUGCUGUGACCAAUCUGUUUUAUUUUUUUGCCUGUUUGUUGGUAUUUUUGAUAUUAUUAAUGCAUUUUUUUGUGGUUUUACUUCCAAUGCCAUUUGAGGUUUUCUUGAGUUGUGUAAGGAAAUGGCUUCUCUAAUGUGUAGAGAGGCAUAGCGAUUGAGUUAGAGGAAUUCCUUUUCAGUUCUUCAACGAAAACGAAAUGGAUAUUUAACAUUGUUUUGCCUUGAUCUCUGAAAAAGCAGAGAGAAUCUUUCCAGUGUGUUUCAAUGGGACUGAGAUUUUCGUGCAAUGCUAAAUCUGUAGAUGCAAAUAACAUUUCUUACAUUCCAAUUUAACAGUAUAAACACAUUAAAGCAUCUGUGGUGCACUUUGCAGUUGUUGUGCAUAUGCAUAUUUUAUAUAUUUAACCUUUGAAAAAGUGCACCUCCCCGUGAGUAGCAAAGAAUGUGAACAGACCGGCUUGAAUGAAAUAUAGAGGCUUAAUCAUAUGCUGCUGGCAGUGGACAUGCUCUACCCUAACACAACACCCUCUGGACAUCGUUUCCUCCACUCUGUUAUGCCUCCGUGUGCCUCAACUCCACACCCACACAAAAAUAUGACGCUUCUCACACAGAGCUGGUGUGACAUUUUCCUGGGUCUAUUUAUUAUUUGUUCUCAUCAAGAUAAUUUCCCCCCAUAUAAUCCUCUUGCAGGGUGUCUGCAGGGUUUUCAAAAGUAUUAAAAGCUGAUAAAUCAAUUUAGCGAAAAUUAAGGCCCUCAAAAAGCCAUUAAAAAGUCUUAAAAUCCAGCUAGAUUUGUUGUCAUCUGAAAAGGACUACUGUUAGCACGCUCACUGACCCACUGACUGACAGAUGCUCGAUAGCGCACGAAGGUCCCUUUACAGCCAGAUAUUAAACAACAUAGUUGACUAAUGGGGAGAUUCAAGUUUUCGUACAAAUAGUUGGAACCAUUGUUUUGGCCUGCAUGUGGGAAUAACCAUGAGACGUACUGCUCUGAGUCAGAAGGCGAUUAGUGUAGCCUUGAUCGAGAGCAACGCUGUCCAAUGCUAAGUGCUAGCCAUAAAACCGCUAUGGGAUGCAAAAUGCAAGUCUCUAUUGCACAUUUCUGUGCAACACAACCGUCCCUACCCACCAUUGCUAAUGGUUUCUCUUUCUAAUAAACCUUGCUUUGGGUUAGUCACUCAAUUCAUUCUCAUGAGCUUUGUUCCCACGGAAUUAUGUUGUAUUGAUAAGGAGUUAUCACAAACUAAGACUGUUUAGUUGUGCUAUCUUACAAAUAAUAUAUAGUAAAUGUAAGUUAGACUGUGACACCGAUGUAACCGGUUAGAACUUGAAGUGGCGAUGAGAUCUUAAAAUGUAUGUAAAGGGUCUUUAAAAAGGUCUUAAAUGGUAUUAAAUUUAACUUCCUGCA